UCACUGAGUAGUGAGUGUGUGUCACUGGGAGAGGAAGUGUCAAGUCAGUGAGAUGGGGUUCAGUGAGUCUGCCAGAGUCAGUGAGGAAGAGAGGCAUCUCAGUGAUGUCACGUGUCUUCUGCUCCAUCAGGAUAAGUUGUACAGUGGAGCGGAUGAUGGCAAGGUUAAGGUGUGGAGUUUGGAUCUGAAACUGAUAAAAGAGAUUGACGCGCACCCAGUGAAUGUGUACUGUCUGGCAGCGAGUGAUGACGCUCUGUACACCUGCUCCAACGAUGGCACCAUCAAGUCCUGGUCCCUGGACACCAUGGAGCUCAAGUCCACUCUCAUUGAGAACCCCAGCAAUGAGAUAAUGAGACUGUACUUCAUUGAUGGUAAACUCUACUCUGGAGAUGAUAAGGGCAAUGUGAUGGUGUGGCAAAAUGAUAAACAAAUUGGCCAAUAUGAGGUAGGUGAGGAAGUUUGGGACAUUAUUGUCAAUGGAAACUUUCUUUUCACUGUGAGAAAUUUAGAUGUCUCCAUUAUAGAAAUGAAACCAGGAGGCAAACACUACACAUUUCUACAAUCAUUAAACGGAAGAAGUCCACUACAACAGGCGGGAAGCAAAUUCUGCUUCAUGGACCGAGAUGGGAGAACUAUUCAUGUACAUGAAAUAUCAAAGGAAUCCAAAUUUCAAGCUAUUACUAGAAUACAGGCACAUGAAAUGAUAGUGAAUACGUUGUGUUUCGUCGACACUACAGUGUUCAGUGGUGGGUACGACAAGGUGGUGAAACGAUGGGAUGUCCUUACGCAGCAAUGCACAGCCACCGCAGAGCUGGAGACUGUCAUCAACACAUUGACAGCUACACAGCCCGGGACUGUCUAUGUGGGUGGUGCAUUUGGAUACCUGUCAAAAAUUGACUUCCAGUAGACGUAUACCACACAUCUUCAUCCUCAGUUGAGUUGUUGUAAAGAAAUUCAAGUACAGUAGCAAACAUGUCUAACAUUCCAUAGAGAUUAGAUUACUCAAUAUAUUUCAACCGAAUAAAACUAUUUAACCUUU